CACAUCCCUCACCAAUUUCACAAUGUCGGUACUCAUCAAGACCUGCGCGGAUAUCAUCUCAGAACUCAUCGAGGCCCACCAAGCAGGAAAAGAUGUCAAUCUAAACGGGGUCCGACAGAAGGUAGCCAAGCGAAACAAAUGUUCGCAGUUACCCAGAUUAGUCGAUAUCAUAGCCGCCGUCCCGCCUGAUCUUAAGCCGAUCCUCUUGCCCAAGUUACGUGCAAAGCCGAUCAGGACCGCAUCCGGGAUCGCCGUGGUAGCGGUAAUGAGCAAGCCUCAUCGAUGUCCACAUAUCGCGAUGACCGGAAACAUCUGUGUGUAUUGUCCCGGUGGUCCAGACUCAGAUUUCGAAUAUUCUACUCAAAGUUACACUGGUUACGAGCCAACUAGUAUGCGUGCUAUUCGCGCUCGUUACGAUCCUUAUGAACAGAGUCAGGGAAGGGUCGAACAGUUACGCCAGCUGGGACACUCUGUAGACAAGGUUGAAUUUAUUGUGAUGGGAGGGACGUUCAUGUCACUACCGGCGAGUUAUCGGGACACAUUUAUCGCCCAACUACAUAAUUCUUUGUCGGGAUACACAGGCACGGAUCUGGACUCGGCGGUGUUGUAUAGCGAGCUAGCUCGGACGAAGUGUAUUGGGAUCACGAUCGAAACCCGGCCGGAUUACUGUCUGGAGCCCCAUCUGACGAGCAUGUUGAGGUACGGCUGUACGAGACUCGAAAUCGGCGUUCAGUCGGUCUAUGAAGACGUCGCUAGAGAUACUAAUCGUGGUCAUACCGUCCGAGCCACAUGUGAAUCAUUCCAAAAAGCCAAAGAUGCUGGGUUCAAGGUGGUCUCACAUAUGAUGCCUGAUUUGCCUAACGUCGGCGUCGAAAGAGACUUGGAACAGUUUAAAGAAUACUUCGAAAAUCCUGCGUUCAGGUCUGAUGGGUUAAAGAUCUAUCCACUCCUAGUAAUCCGAGGCACGGGUGUCUAUGAGUUAUGGCGGACGGGAAGAUAUAAGAACUAUACGCCGAAUGCAUUAGUGGAUAUUGUGGCCCGAAUCCUAGCCUUGAUCCCACCCUGGACACGAGUAUACCGAGUGCAACGCGACAUCCCGAUGCCAUUAGUAUCCUCGGGGGUUGAGAAUGGGAAUCUUCGAGAGCUAGCAUUACAGCGACUGAAAGAUUUCGGGGCGGUGUGUCGGGACAUCCGACAUCGAGAGGUGGGGAUCCAUGAGAUCCAUUUCAAGGUCCGGCCCGACCAGGUCGAGCUCGUCCGCAGAGACUAUGUUGCCAAUGGGGGUUGGGAAACUUUCCUCUCUUAUGAGGAUCCUGCUAAGGAUAUCCUCAUCGGUCUGCUCAGACUCAGGAAAUGCUCCCCUGAAGGCACCUUUCGUAAGGAGUUACUCGAAGAUGGUCCCACCUCUAUCGUCCGUGAACUUCACGUCUAUGGCACCGCUAUCCCUUUGCACAGUCGUGACCCUACCAAAUUUCAACAUCAAGGAUUUGGAACUCUAUUGAUGGAAGAAGCUGAGAGGAUUGCAAGAGAGGAACAUGGUAGUCUGAAACUAGCUGUGAUUUCUGGUGUGGGUGUUCGGCAUUGGUAUGCGCGUUUGGGAUACAAGCUCGACGGCCCUUAUGUCAGUAAAAUGUUGUGAUCCCUUUCUCUCUUUCUCUUCUUUUUUCUAGUUUUCGUUAUCGUCCUAGUCUUUGGAAUACUGUACUUUCUUCACUUAAAACAAUUUGUCAAAAACAUAAUCAAAAGAUCAAAGCCUUUUUGAUUCAUGCAUUUUUUCGGGGGUGCUGUUAGCUUGUGGGAUGUGCAAUUCUAAGUCAUAUGCUAAACAUAUCGGCG